ACUGUAGAAGAUGAGUUGAGAAUGAAUCCACAUGAUUCAUGAAGGGAACAUUCGCAUUAUGUUUUUGAAAUUCUAGAGUAAAAAUAAAAAAAAUAAUAAAAAAUGAGUGGGAAUUCAUUGAGUGGCCUGCAAGAGCACCUUAAAUUGGCAAGAGAUUACGCUCUGGAAGGCCUCUACGACACCUCCAUCAUCUUCUUCGACGGCGCCGUCGCCCAAAUCAGCAAGCACCUGAACAGCGUGGAGGAGCCUCUAGUGCGAGCGAAAUGGAUGAAGGUGAAGAAAGCGCUGAGCGAGGAAACGGAAGUGGUGAAACAACUAAACGCAGAGAGAAGAGCGUUUAAGGAAACCCCCACACACUCACACAAAUCGUCCUUUCUUUUUCAACCGUUGGAUGAGUAUCCAAUUUCUACUUCCUCCAUCCACGAUCAUGAUCCCGACGUCUGGAGGCCGCCCACUCGCGACGCCAGGAGGCCCGCCAGGCCCGCUCCUCGCAAGGACGGGGCCUGGGCCCGUGGUCCUACCAGGCCCGCCUCCAAGCCCGCGAAGCCCAGGGUUAACUCUGGGCCCAGGCCUCCCGCCCCCACAGGGAAGAGAGGCACCGGGAAGUCGCAUUCAGUUGCUAAUGGGGCUGAUGGAAAGUCAAAGAGGUCAGAAUAUGAAGGUGGUGAUCCAGAGUUAGCAGAAAUGCUUGAGAGGGAUGUGUUAGAAACGUCUCCUGGUGUGAGAUGGGAUGAUGUUGCAGGACUCAAUGAAGCCAAGAGGCUUCUAGAAGAAGCCGUUGUGCUUCCCUUGUGGAUGCCUGAAUAUUUUCAGGGAAUAAGGAGACCGUGGAAAGGUGUUCUCAUGUUUGGACCUCCAGGAACUGGGAAGACGCUUCUUGCUAAAGCAGUUGCUACCGAAUGUGGUACCACUUUUUUCAACGUUUCUUCUGCUACUUUGGCUUCUAAAUGGCGUGGAGAGAGCGAGCGCAUGGUACGGUGUUUGUUUGAUCUUGCAAGAGCGUAUGCACCCAGUACAAUUUUCAUUGAUGAAAUUGAUUCUCUCUGCAAUGCUAGGGGGGCUUCCGGGGAGCAUGAAUCAUCCAGAAGGGUGAAGUCUGAACUUCUAGUUCAGGUUGAUGGUGUAAAUAAUAGUUCCACAAAUGAAGAUGGUACCCGUAAAAUAGUAAUGGUUUUGGCAGCCACCAACUUUCCAUGGGACAUAGAUGAAGCACUGAGGAGAAGGUUGGAAAAGCGUAUAUACAUUCCUCUUCCAAAUUUUGAGAGUCGUAAAGAGCUGAUCCGUAUCAAUUUGAAGACAGUAGAGGUGGCCCCUAAUGUGAACAUAGAUGAAGUGGCACGGCGGACAGAGGGAUAUAGUGGAGAUGACUUGACAAAUGUGUGCCGUGAUGCUUCUCUGAAUGGAAUGAGGCGUAAGAUAGCAGGAAAGACGCGUGAUGAGAUAAAGAACAUGUCAAAGGAUGAAAUUUCGAAGGAUCCUAUUGCAAUGUGUGAUUUUGAAGAAGCUCUCAAGAAAGUCCAACCAAGUGUUUCUCAGGCUGACAUUGAACGCCAUGCGAAGUGGUUUGCCGAAUUUGGAUCAGCAUAAAGUAAAAUGGCAUUUUUUAAAACUACUAUCCUGCAUUGUCUGGAUGAUUAGCCUCUAUUUGUUUUUUUUACCAAUAUUCAGGUUGCCAACUGAUGCUUGUUGAUUACAUUUUUCUUCUAGAAAAGAAAAAGUCACUGACGGGUGUUGAUUAUAGUUUUCAGGUUUUAAUUAGAAGGGUCUUCAAUUGUUUGUUUUUGUAUACAUAUCAUUUCUGAUUUAUGAAAUAUGAUGCUAUCUGAUAUCUUU